AUGUUUUCUCUCUCAAGAUUUAUAAAAGCAAAGAGCGCUUGAAGAAACUUCAAUACGAAAUACCAGUUUAUUGAUGUAAAAAAAGAAGAAAAAGUAUCUAUAAUCACUAUGAAUCGUCCAAAAGCAUCAAAUGCUCUAUGUGACAGACUAAUCCACGAAAUCGUAACCCAGCUUAAAAAAUGCGACAGAAACCCAGAAACCAAUGCAAUCGUACUUACAGGGCUUCACAAGGUUUUUGCAGCUGGUGCUGACGUCAAAGAAAUGGAACCAAGAACUUUUCAAGGAAAUUUCUCAACAAAUUUUUCAUCAGAAUGAGACGAAAUUGCAAAGACUAGAAAACCUCUUAUAGCCGCUGUAAAUGGUUUUGCACUAGGCGGAGGCUGCGAAAUCGCUAUGAUGUGUGACAUAAUAAUUGCAGGGGAAAAUUCAAAAUUCGGGCACCCUGAAAUAAAGCUUGGGACUUUUUCAGGAGCUGGAGGGACACAGAGAUUAACAAGAGCUGUAGGAAAAGCAAAAGCUAUGGAAAUGCUGCUUACUGGGGAACUGAUUUCUGCAAGAGAAGCCUGGCAGAGUGGCUUAGUCUCAAGAAUUGUGCCUGAUCAUGACGUAGUUGAUAUUGCUAUAAAAAUCGCAGCAAAAAUUGCUGCAAACUCACAGCCGAUGGCAAUGAUGGCUAAAGAGUGUAUAAAUCAAGCAUAUGAAAGUACAUUACAAGAAGGAUUAGAAUUUGAGAGAAGGAUGUUUCAGUCCACUUUUGCGUUUUAUGAUAGAGAAGAAGGGAUGAAGUCAUUUAUUAAUAAAAGAGACCCAGAAUUUAAAGAUGCCUAG